AUGCCUCCGAAAAACGCGCAGAAGGCCAAGGCCGCAGAUAAGGCGACUGACAAGUGGCCGUCGACUCCAUCCAAGCAGAAGCCGAAAUCGAAGAAAGAGCCUGACUCCGAUAUCAAGUCGGAAGCUGAGCCACCGAAGCUGGCUGCCACUCCGUCGAAGAAAACGCCCAAAAAACAGAGUCAGACAGUCGAAUUUGGGCCACUGAAGCGUGACCCAGAUUCACUGGCGACUGUGUCUAUUGAUGUCAGCGUCAGCAACGAAGAGCCAGUGGCAGAGCCGAAGAAGAAGGGCAAUGGGUUUGAAAAGCUCCUUAGGCUGGAAAGCGCAGACAAAUUCGUCAUUCUCAAGACGUUCAUGCUCACGGAAGGCCCCGAUGAAGGCUGCCAGGCUAUCCUCGUCCGACCAGCGAAGCCUUUCGCGUUUCUCAAGCUCGAGCCUGAGAUUCGCACCCGCAUCUACAGAUUCUACUUCGCCAACAGAGGCGGCGUGGACGACCCAAUCCAGGUGGACGGCAAGCGAAAGGGUGGGCUCUUUUUCAGCGACAUGUAUGCCAAGACAUACUCGAACGACAGCAAGAAUCGCGUCGGGCUUCUCGCAGUCAACAAGGAGGUUUACGCAGAGGCCGUGCAAAUCUUCUGUUCGAUCCCUAUCCGCCUCGAUGGAAGCUCCAGUGUCAUGGAUUUCCUCUCUCAACUCGACCCGGCCGUCCGGCAGCGUAUCACUAGCGUCGUCAUCAAGAACUACCAGAAGGCAACUGCCCGCACUGCCCUGAACGUUCUUGCCGAAUGCAAGAACCUCACACGCGUUCACUUCGACAGCGGGGUCUUCAGUGAGGGUGAUCCGCAGAAAGCCGCAAAAGCGCUCUUCGGCGAUGCACACAAGUUCUUCCGAGCAAUGGGAACGGCCAAGGGCAACAAGGAAGCCGGUGUCGAUAUCCUGAGCUUCGGCAAGCAGGCGCUGACCCUCAAGACCGACUCCCCGAAGAACAAGGACGAGAAGAUUGCGAAAGCUUGGCCUGAUCACAUGGUCAACGAAAUGAGGGAGAGCUUGAAGUCCAAGCUAAAGUGA